AUGAGAAAUACUCAGUGUAAUUUGCCUGAUUCUGUUAUCAAGCUGGAUACUAAACCUGGCUGUUGUGUUGCCUAUCGUGCUCAAUACCCACUUGCGGAGGCCUAUAGGGAUGCUGUUAAUAAACAGAUCCAAGUGUGGCUUGAUGAAGGCGUUAUCGAACAAUCGGCGAGUCAUACCCGCUUCAAUCAUCCGUUGUUGGUGGUGAAGAAGAAAGAUUCGAAUGGCAAUUAUGACAUGUCUAAGCCUCGUGUGGUGUUAGACGUCCGUAAGUUGAAUUCGAUUUUGGAGGUUGAUGACAAACAACAGUUGCCGUUGAUUUCAUCUAUUCAUCAGAAUAUUGGGAAUAAAACGAUUCAUACUUGUCUGGAUAUCCAUGCUUGUUUUACCAGUUUUGGAUUGGAUCCCUCGCAAGCUCAUAAGGUUUCGUUUACUUCGCCGUUUAGCAAUACUCAGUACACCUUUCGGAAGGCUGCGUACGGUAUUCGUCAUGUUGGCUCAGUAGUUGUUCGUACAUUGCAGAAUCUGUUGUCAGAUCUGAAUACGUCCAAUGCUGCUACUCCCAAUUCUACCAAGGAUGACCACUCAGUGUUCUGCUACGUUGAUGAUAUAACCUGUAGUACCUCGGGUAGCUUGGAAAAUCACUUUAAACUUGUUGCUGAAGUGGUUCGUCGUUUGACAAAGGCUAAUCUGGUUUUGAAUCUAGAGAAGGUGGUCUUUGCUCAGAGAAGCAUUUACCUUUUAGGAUGGAGUGUAAUUGAUGGCAAGUUAGUCCCUGAUGGAAGAAAACUUACCAAUAUUAUGCAGUGGCCUCCUAUUAAGACUGGUAGACAGCUUGCUUUGUUUCUGGGUCUGAUGUCCUAUUUCCGAUCUUCUAUUCCGAUGUAUUCUCGCUUAACGGGUGAUCUCGACUCGUUGAAGCAGUGUAAAGAUUUGUCGAAGGUCUGGACGGCAAGACAUGACAGAACUAUUGCAAAUUUGAAGUAUGCACUUACCAAUGCGUUGGUUAUGUCCACCCCUAAUUUCUCAUGUCGAUUUCAUUUAGCUACUGAUGCUAGUCUCACUGCAAUUGGUGGUUUGUUGUACCAAGUGAUUCAGAAUGAAAUUCGGUAUAUUGGUUUGGUAUCGCGUAAACUCUCUCCUUCUGAACGCAAUUACAGUACUACGAAACGUGAGCUUUUGGGAAUUUGUUAUUCAUUAGAGAGGUUUCAUCGGUUUCUCUAUAUGAGGCGGUUUACCCUGCCCACGGAUCACAAGAGUUUGAUCUACU